AUGCGGCAAGGGGACGCGGAGGAACGGCAAGCGGAGGUCGAGCGAGCACUACUGAUGGUGGCAGGGGCCGCGGUGCCGACGGCAAAGGCAGGGGAGACGCCGUCGCUGGUCGCGGGAGAGGCGGUGAGGCUGCAGCCACGAGGGGCCGCGGAGCUGCUGCGGGAGGCCGCGAGGGCGCCAGAGGACGAGGCGCGGAAAGCGGACGAGGUCGGGGGGUUGCGACAGCAGGCCGAGACGGAGGUCGCGGCGGCAGAGAACGAGGACGGAACCACAGCGAAGGAAGGAGAUUAUGAUGGUGCAGAGGAGGGCGGAAAGGAUCUAGCUGCCGAAGCUGCACACGAUUAUGAAACUCCAGGCGCAUACACUGAAGCGGUGGAUGAAACUGAGGAAGAUGGCGCUGAAAGGGCUGCAGAGGAAGACGACGAACGGAAGGCUGCUGUUGUGGACGACGAAGCGACGGAUGCCGAGGAGCAGACUGAAAGGAAAGCGGCAGAGGAGGACGAUGCGAUGAAGGCUGCAGUGGGGGAAGCUUCGAUUAUGGCUGCAGAGGGUGAAGCUUCGAUUAUGGCUGCAGAGGAGGAAGCUGCGAUGAAUGCUGCGGAGGAGGAAGUUGCGAUGAAGGCUGCAGAGGAGGAAGCUGCAAGGCUGGCUGCAGCGGAGGAAGCUGCAAGGCUGGCUGCAGCGGAGGAAGCUGUAAGGAAGGCUGCAGAGGAGGAAGCUGCAAGGAAGGCUGCAGAGGAGGAAGCUGCAAGGAAGGCUGCAGAGGAGGAAGCAGCAAAGAAGGCUGCUGAGGAGGAGGCUGCAAGGCUGGCUGCUGAGGAGGAAGCUGCAAGGAAUGCCGCAGAGGAGGAAGCUGCAAGGAAGGCCGCAGAGGAGAAAGCUGCAAGGAAGGCCGCAGAGGAGGAAGCUGCAAGGCUGGCUGCAGAGGAGGAAGCUGCAAGGAAGGCCGCAGAGGAGGAAGCUGCAAGGCUGGCUGCAGAGGAGGAAGCUGCAAGGCUGGCUGCAGAGGAGGAAGCUGCAAGGAAGGCCGCAGAGGAGGAAGCUGCAAGGAAGGCCGCAGAGGAGGAAGCUGCAAGGAAGGCCGCAGAGGAGGAAGCUGCACGGAUGGCCGCAGAGGAGGAAGCGGCAAGGCUGGCUGCAGAGGAGGAAGCUGCAAGGAAGGCUGCAGAGGAGGGAGCUGCAAGGAAGGCUGCAGAGGAGGGAGCUGCAAGGAAGGCUGCUGAGGAGGAAGCUGCAAGGAAGGCUGCUGAGGAGGAAGCUGCAAGGAAGGCUGCUGAGGAGGAAGCUGCAAGGAAGGCUGCUGAGGAGGAAGCUGCAAGGAAGGCUGCAGAGGAGAAAGCUGCAAGGAAGGCUGCAGAGGAGGAAGCUGCAAGGAAGGCUGCAGAGGAGGAAGCUGCAAGGAAGGCUGCAGAAGAGGAAGCUGCAAGGAAGGCUGCCGAGGAGGAAGCUGCACGGAAGGCUGCCGAGGAGGAAGCUGCACGGAAGGCUGCCGAGGAGGAAGCUGCACGGAAGGCUGCCGAGGAGGAAGCUGCACGGAAGGCUGCUGAGGAGGAAGCUGCAAGGAAGGCUGCUGAGGAGGAAGCUGCAAGGAAGGCUGCUGAGGAGGAAGCUGCAAGGAAGGCUGCAGAGGAGGAAGCUGCAAGGAAUGCUGCAGAGGAGGAAGCUGCAAGGAAGGCUGCAGAGGAGGAAGCUGCAAGGAAGGCUGCUGAGGAGGAAGCUGCACGGAAGGCUGCCGAGGAGGAAGCUGCAAGGAAGGCUGCUGAGGAGGAAGCUGCAACAAAGGCUGCUGAGGAGGAAGCUGCAACAAAGGCUGCUGAGGAGGAAGCUGCAACAAAGGCUGCUGAGGAGGAAGCUGCAAGGAAGGCUGCUGAGGAGGAAGCUGCAAGGAAGGCUGCUGAGGAGGAAGCUGCAAGGAAGGCUGCUGAGGAGGAAGCUGCAAGGAAGGCUGCUGAGGAGGAAGCUGCAAGGAAGGCUGCUGAGGAGGAAGCUGCAAGGAAGGCUGCCGAGGAGGAAGCUGCAAGGAAGGCUGCCGAGGAGGAAGCUGCAAGGAAGGCUGCAGAGGAGGAAGCUGCAAAGAAGGCUGCAGAGGAGGAAGCUGCAAGGCUGGCUGCAGAGGAGGAAGCUGCAAGGCUGGCUGCAGAGGAGGAAGCUGCAAGGAAGGCCGCAGAGGAGGAAGCUGCAAGGCUGGCUGCAGAGGAGGAAGCUGCAAGGCUGGCUGCUGAGGAGGAAGCUGCAAGGAAGGCUGCUGAGGAGGAAGCUGCAAGGAAGGCUGCUGAGGAGGAAGCUGCAAGGAAGGCUGCUGAGGAGGAAGCUGCAAGGAAGGCUGCUGAGGAGGAAGCUGCAAGGAAGGCUGCUGCGGAGGAAGCUGCAAGGAAGGCUGCUGAGGAGGAAGCUGCCAGGCUGGCUGCUGAGGAGGAAGCUGCAAGGAAGGCUGCUGAGGAGGAAGCUGCAAGGAAGGCUGCUGAGGAGGAAGCUGCAAGGAAGGCUGCUGAGGAGGAAGCUGCCAGGCUGGCUGCUGAGGAGGAAGCUGCAAGGAAGGCUGCUGAGGAGGAAGCUGCAAGGAAGGCUGCUGAGGAGGAAGCUGCAAGGAAGGCUGCUGAGGAGGAAGCUGCAAGGAAGGCUGCUGAGGAGGAAGCUGCAAGGAAGGCUGCUGAGGAGGAAGCUGCAAGGAAGGCUGCUGAGGAGGAAGCUGCAAGGAAGGCUGCUGAGGAGGAAGCUGCAAGGAAGGCUGCUGAGGAGGAAGCUGCAAGGAAGGCUGCUGAGGAGGAAGCUGCAAGGAAGGCUGCUGAGGAGGAAGCUGCAAGGAAGGCUGCUGAGGAGGAAGCUGCAAGGAAGGCUGCUGAGGAGGAAGCUGCAAGGAAGGCUGCUGAGGAGGAAGCUGCAAGGAAGGCUGCUGAGGAGGAAGCUGCAAGGAAGGCUGCUGAGGAGGAAGCUGCAAGGAAGGCUGCUGAGGAGGAAGCUGCAAGGAAGGCUGCUGAGGAGGAAGCUGCAAGGAAGGCUGCUGAGGAGGAAGCUGCAAGGAAGGCUGCUGAGGAGGAAGCUGCAAGGAAGGCUGCUGAGGAGGAAGCUGCAAGGAAGGCUGCUGAGGAGGAAGCUGCAAGGAAGGCUGCAGAGGAGGAAGCUGCAAGGAAGGCUGCAGAGGAGGAAGCUGCAAGGAAGGCCGCAGAGGAGGAAGCUGCAAGGAAGGCUGCUGAGGAGGAAGCUGCAAGGCUGGCUGCAGAGGAGGAAGCAGCACAAUUGGCUGCAGAGGAAGAGGCUGCUAGGAAGGCUGCAGAAGAGGAAGUUGCAAGGAAGGCUGCAGAGGAGGAAGCUGCAAAAAAGGCUGCAGAGGAGGAAGCUGCAAAAAAGGCUGCAGAGGAGGAAGCUGCAAGGAAGGCCGCUGAAGAGGAAGCUGCAAGAAAGGGUGCUGAUGUGGAAGCUGUUAAGAAGGUUGCUGAGGACGAAGCUGCCAGACUGGCUGCAGAGGAGGAAGUGGCAAGGAAGGCUCUAGAAUCAGAGGCUGAGAGGAACAUUGCAGAGGACGAUGCAGCAAAAGAUAUAGGGGAGGAAGUCAAGGCUGCUGAACAGGAACCAGCAAUCAAGCUUUCAGAGCAGGAUGCUACGAAAGCCGAGAAGGCCCCUUCCCCUCCAGCCAUGACACCACCUCAGCCAGUGGUGGCAUCUGCAGAUGCCCCACCAGUCUCUGCACCACCAGCUGCUACAGGAAAAGCUGCUCCGGCUGCUACACCUGCCCCGCCUCCCAAGAAGGGGGGUGGUCUGUUCGCUUGCUGCUUUGUUGUCACGAACUUCCCCGUGGCGCGCUGCGCACGCCCCUCGACUCGCACAGUGCCCCGCAAGAUGCUAGCGAGAACAGCUGCGCGGAUUGGGCGGAACGCGCGAGCGGCGCAUGUUGGAGGGAACCUGUUUGGGCGUUCGUUACCAGAUGUUCCCGUCAUGGCCGCAGCAGGCGGGUGGCAGGCGGAAGUGGCGUCGAGCGCGGGGGCAGCGCGCGGAGGUAGCAGCGCGGGGUUCUCGUCCGCAGCGGUGGGCGGAGGGUCGGCACUGCUGGAUGACACGGCCGUGCAGUUCAAGGAGAGCGUGCACAAGUUCGCACAGGAGGUCAUCGCACCACACGCUGCUGACAUUGACCGAACCAACUCCUUCCCCAAGAAUGUGAAUCUGUGGAGGCGAAUGGGUGACUUUCAUCUGCAUGGCAUCACCGUGCCCGAGCAGGAGGGCGGCAUGGGGCUGGGGUACCUGUACCACUGCGUGGCCAUGGAGGAGAUCUCGCGUGCUUCAGGCGCCGUGGGGCUCUCCUAUGGCGCGCAUUCCAACCUCUGCAUCAACCAACUCGUGCGGCAUGGCAAUGAGGAGCAGAAGGCCAAGUACUUGCCCAAGCUGGUAGCGGGCGAGCAUGUGGGCGCACUCGCCAUGAGCGAGCCCAACUCGGGGUCGGACGUGGUGAGCAUGCGGUGUCGAGCGGAGAGGGCGCAGGGGGGCUACGUGCUGAACGGCACCAAGAUGUGGUGCACCAACGGACCCACCGCUAACACGCUUGUAGUGUACGCCAAGACGGACAUCAAGGCGGGGCCCAAGGGCAUCACAGCCUUCAUUAUCGAACAGGGCAUGGACGGGUUCCGAACGGCUCAGAAACUGGAUAAGCUGGGCAUGCGAGGCAGUGACACGUGCGAGCUGGUGUUUGAGGACUGCUUCGUGCCGCUCGACAACGUGCUGGGAGAGGAGGGCCGAGGAGUGCAAGUGCUGAUGUCGGGGUUGGACCUGGAGCGGGUGGUGCUGGCAGCGGGGCCACUGGGGCUCAUGGCGGCGGCCAUGGACGUGGUGCUGCCGUACGUGCACCAGCGCCAACAGUUCGGACAACCCAUCGGCCAAUUUCAACUCAUCCAGGGCAAGCUCGCAGACAUGUACUGUGCUGUGCAGGCCUCAAGGGCGCUGGUGUACAGUGCUGCCAUGGCAUGUGACCGCGGCCAUGUCAAUCGUAAGGAUUGUGCGGCAGCCAUUCUAUUUGCUGCGGAGAAUGCCACGCAGGUCGCCUUGCAGGCCAUCCAGUGUCUGGGCGGCAACGGGUAUGUGAACGAGUACCCAACAGGGCGCCUGCUGCGCGACGCCAAGCUCUAUGAGAUCGGGGCGGGCACCAGUGAGAUUCGCCGCAUGCUCAUUGGUCGCGAGCUCUUCCGCGAGACCGAGUGA